UAUUCUGUCAUUGUGAAGGGGUUGUUUUUGUUUUUUAUUUUUUCAUUUGAAAAUUUUCCAUUGCGAAGAAUCCACCGAUUGCAUCACUCCUGGUUAUCAAAAGCGCAAUGUGUAAGCUUCAAGUAACUUUAUCUAAGAAUUCUUAUUUGAGUCAUAACACGGCUGGAAACGUUGCUUCAUUAGUCGGCCAGCUCGCGAGUAAUUAAGACACGUUCAUCAUGAGGAACAUCCACGAAAUGGCUUUGAUCUGUUCGGUCAUUUGUUUGGCUUUAAAGAAUGCGAUUCCGUUGCAACAUCAAGUCACCCGAAAUCGUAAAGAAGAAGAAUACAAUAAGACGCAAUCUGAAGAAGAAGGAGAUUAUGUUGUGGUUAGAAUCACUAUCUGCAGAGAUGAGGACACACCCAAGCAAGAACUAAAUCCUGAAUUUGUCGCCGCUAUGAAAAGAAUAAAAUCAUCUUUAUUAACGGCCACAAAAUUUAUUGUUACAUUUCUAUCUACUCCGUUGAAAAAAUGGACAAAAGGAUUCAAGAAACCUUGAUUGCACUGGCGUUGAUAAAUAAAAUAUUUGAAGCAUGACUUCUGCAGUAACAUAAUAUGUAUUAUUAUUCUUUUUAUCCGUUUAUCAGUUAUGUACUACUAUUACUUGUAGCCAGUUGUAAUUCU